AUGUACAAUGGUCCGUCCAAGCUGGCGGCCGACUAUUUCGCAGAGCACGACCUUGCGUGCCCGGCCGAUGAGACGAUCGCCGACCACCUUCUUGAUGUCGUGACGCAGCCGCAGCACAUUGAGUCGCUUGACGUCCUCUGGCGCGCGCAGCACGACGCGUUGUCGGUCUCGUUUGUCAACACGUCGUCGUUUGAGAUGCUCCAAGCGGCCGCAACCGACGACGUCGAGGCGUCGAGCGAGGCCACCCGUGGCAGUCGUCUUCUCGAGCUCCAGGUGCUCUUUGUGCGCGCGGCGCGUACCCUAUGGCGCAACCGCGCCCUCUUCAUCUUCCACGUCGUCUUGAGCGUCGUGCUCGGUCUCGUCGCGGGCGGAAUCUUCUCGGGUCUCAAACUCAAUCUCGCGGGGUUUCAGAACCGCAUGGGGGCUUUCUACUUUGUGCUGACCUUUUUGGCGAGCGCGCAGUACUACGCGCCGUGGAGCUACUUUAUGUCCAAGACGCUCCUCGACUUGGUCUCGCUGCGCAUCUUGCCCGCCGUGCUCUUCGCCGCUGUCUUUUACUAUAUCAUGGGCCUCAACCCGCCGGCCGACCGCUUCUUGUUGUUUACGUCGACCUUGGUGCUCUUCAACGUGGCCGCGGGCUCGCUGAGUCUCCUCGUCAGCACGGUCUCCAAGACGGUUGGGAUUGCAAACCUCGUGGCAACGGUCGUCUUGUUGCUCAUGCUCCUCUUUGGUGGCUUUCUGCUGAACGUCCAGACCAUGCCGAGCGGCGUUGCGCCCAUCCAGUGGCUCUCGCUCUUCAAGUAUGCGUUUGAAAUUAUGAUGACGAACGAGCUCAAGGGCCUCUUGUUGAGUUUUGACGCGCCCGGGUACCCGGCGAUUCCGAUCUACGGCGAAGUGUUUCUCCAAACGAUCGGGCAAGACGUCAACAACCAGACGCAAGAUGUGUGCUGCCUCAUUGCGUUUAUUCUCGGCCUCAACCUUAUCUCGUACAUGGCGCUCCAUUUCCAAGUGCCCAAGCGCACGAUGCUGCACAUGGCGCCGAACGGUCGGUCACCGAUCCCCGUCCUCGACGUCAAGACCCACCAUCAAUAG